AUGAAAUGGGAACAAGAAAGAGUUGGAUGGGUUGGUGGGAAUGAAAGACGAGUGAGAGUGGAGAGAGUAGAAGAGUUUGGGGGGGCAGGAGGCAGGUGGAAGAGAUUUGGUUGUUAUGUGUUGGUAGAGAGGUUUGUCUUGAAGAGAAUGUCAAUGAAUGGAAGCUUAGCACUACUCACAUAUGAUUUCAAGCACACACACCAGAUUAGGAGCAAAUGGGAAUGA